AUGGUGCACUACCGCCUCCUCUCCCUCGCUCUAUCACUUCAGCUGCUCCUUCUUGUUUGUCUUGCACUUUCCAGCGUCUCAUCUUUCGCCACCGACGAAUUCGUGCCGGCGUCGUUUGCAUUUGUUCAGGCCUCCAACACCACCACCGAACGCGAUGUCAGCAAAAUCGUCGAAUCAAUCAAGACCUUUGAAGGCGCGGGCUUCCCCGUCGAAAGGCCGUUCCCUACUCGCGCUAUGAGCCAGUUCGACCCUUUCCUGAUGAUCGACCACUUUGGGCCUAUCAACUACGCUCCCGGCGAGGCCGUGGGCGCUCCCUGGCAUCCGCACAGAGGAUUCGAGACGGUGUCGAUGAUGCUGCAGGGCGAGUUUCAGCACAAGGACUCGACCGGCAACAAGGGCCUCCUGCGUGCGGGUGACGUUCAGUGGAUGACCGCCGGCAGCGGCAUCAUUCACGACGAGUCGCCCUCGCCCACUUUCCAACGGACCGGCGGCGUCUUGGAAGGCUUUCAGAUUUGGGUGAACCUGCCUGCGAAGGACAAGUGGAUCGACCCGGCCUACCAGGACGUGCCCAAGGAGAAGAUCCCCACCAUCACCCAGGACAGCCUCACCGUGCGAGUCAUCGCCGGCGAGGCCUACGGCACCAAGGCCAUCGUCAACACGCACGUGCCCAUCCAGUUUCUGGACGUGCACCUACUGGCCGGCGGCGAGUUCCGCCACGAGAUUCCCUCGGACAUGAACGCGAUGGUGUUCCUCUACCGAGGCGAGGGCAAGUUCGGCAAGUCGCAGAAGCCCGCCGUGUCCGGCAACGCCGUGCUGCUGGACAAGCAGGGAGGCACCACGCUGGUCGCGACCGCGACGGCCGACCUCAAGUUCCUGGUGCUCGCCGGUGUGCCGCUCAACGAGCCUAUCGCCCGGCACGGGCCGUUCGUGAUGAACACGCAGGCCGAGAUCGCCGAGGCCUUCUCCGACUAUGGCAAGGACCGGCUCAUGCGCGUCAAGCCCAAGUUCGAGAUCGCCACCAACCGAGCUGACGACUUUGACCCCAACAGCCAGGACUCGUCCAUCGUGUAA